AAAGAAAACUACUGGUUCGGCCCAUAUAUUAUUUUGUCUAGGGUUUGGAUCAUUUAUAAGUUUAUCCCUAAAAUCGACAAUCACAAAAUCUAGGGUUUUUGAUACACUUCUCUUCCUCUACAGCGUGUGAUUUGGUUGCCUCAUUUCCACACCAUUCUCACACACAAUGGCUGAAGUUGUUCAAGAACCCGAUAUUGUCGUUUCAGAUCCAUCACAGAUCGAAGUUAAACUCUUUAACCGCUGGAGCUUCGAUGAUAUCCAGCUCUCUGAUGUGUCUUUGAGUGAUUAUAUUGGAGUUGCGGCAUCCAAACAUGCCACAUACGUUCCUCACACUGCUGGUAGGUACUCUGUGAAGAGGUUUAGGAAAGCUCAGUGCCCCAUUGUGGAGAGGCUCACAAACUCUCUUAUGAUGCACGGUAGGAACAAUGGAAAGAAGCUCAAGGCUGUUAAGAUCAUCAGGCAUGCCAUGGAAAUUAUUCAUUUGCUUACUGACCAGAACCCAAUUCAGGUCAUUGUUGAUGCCAUCGUCAACAGUGGUCCCCGUGAAGAUGCUACUCGCAUUGGUUCUGCUGGAGUUGUGAGAAGACAGGCAGUGGAUAUCUCACCCCUUCGUCGUGUUAAUCAAGCUAUCUAUCUUAUCAGUACCGGUGCACGUGAAGCUGCUUUUAGGAAUAUUAAGACAAUUGCUGAAUGUUUGGCUGAUGAACUUAUUAAUGCGGCAAAAGGUUCAUCUAACAGUUAUGCAAUAAAGAAGAAAGAUGAAAUUGAGAGAGUUGCCAAGGCAAAUCGUUAAGCAGCUUAUGACAGGAGAAUUGGCACCCUCAGAGUAUUUUGAUGCAACUUAAUUAUGAUUUUGACUUUAGUUUCUUAGCUUUUUGCUUGCGUAUAUAAUGAGUAAUUUUGGUCCUUAAACGGGUAAUGUGUUUGUUUUCCAAGACCAUGAUGCGUUUGGUUUACCUUCAUAAAUUAUAAUAUGAUAAUUUGAAUGA